ACUCACAGCGAGGGCAUUCUGAGUCAAACAGAUCCAGUCAAUACAUGCAGUGGAGAAAGCACACACGUCUUGUCCACAGACAUCAGCAAAAUAUUCGCUCAGUAACUUGAAAUCACUCGAAAGUCUGAUAUCUGGUAUAAAAAGCUACCAAAUUAAUGUAAAGAUCAUUUGGUAAGCCAUUACCUGACGUUUGUUGGCGGCAAACCUUGUUUGAUACAGACGGCAAAUUAUAGUUGGACUGUUCUUACGGGAAAGAAGAACCGAGUCAUCGUGAGGGGAUGCCAACUGGAGUGCAGCUAAACAGUCUAAACGUCACUGAGAGCAAGAAAGAUCUAAUGGCUUCCAGUUAUGAGUUAGGGGAAUCGGGGAAAAGGAAAGGAUGUACACCGGUGGAAAAGUUGUUGGCAUUUAUUGUGGUCCUGGCUCUAGCUGUUGCGAUUGCUGCAUGCGUGGCGGUAGCCAUCCUCGCCCAAAGGCAAGCUGGCCAAAUGGGGACGAAAGACGAGGUGAUAAUGACCAAACCAUCUACAGCUGCUCCCACGACAGAGCCUGUGGACAGUAAAAUCUGUCUGACGCCGGACUGCGUUGUGGCGGCCGCCAGGGUAUAUGAUGCGAUGGACAUGACAGUAAACCCAUGUGACGAUUUCUUCGAGUAUGCAUGCGGUAACUGGGUGAAGAAACAUCCAAUCCCGGAGGAGAAGUCGAGUAUAAGUCAAUUCUCUCUUCUUAACGACGACCUUCUCAUUAAGCUGAAAGCCAUUCUUGAAAAACCUUCCCCAGCAAACGAGAUCGAGGCUAUUACGAAAGCAAAACAUCUGUACCAGUCAUGCCUCAAUGAGCAAAAAAUCGAAGAUCGCGGGCUAGAACCAGUUCAGCAUAUUUACGCUCUGUUCGGCAAGUGGCCAUUGCUUCAGAACAGUUGGAAUGCCACGGGCUUUGAUUUGAUCAAAUUGAUGAUAUCCUUGCGGAGGUACGGCACAAGCCCUCUCGUAUAUCAUACCGUCUCUACAGACUUGAAGAACUCCACAGUGAGGAAAUUGGAGCUUGACCAGCCCUCAUUUCUGAUGCCAGGCCGUGACUAUUACCUGUCCAAGGCGAAUCAGUCCAUCCCCGCCAUCAAAACCUACCUCACCAAACUAGCCAUGGCUCUGGGGGCCGAAAGCGAGGCUCGCGUGGAACAGGAUGUUGACGAUCUUUUAGAGUUUGAGACUUUGGUGGCAAACAUAUCAGUUCCCCGUGAAGAGAGAAGGGAUUAUAACAAAAUAUACAAGCUCAUGACGAUUAAAGAUUUGUAUACGAACAUCAGUGAUAAGUUCGACUGGAUGCGACUUCUGAGCGGCAUGAUGAACGUCAGUGGUGUAGAAAUCCCGAUCAACAUGGACGAACCCGUCGUCGUCUACUCUGUGAAAUACCUGCGGAAAUUUGUGGACCUGAUUGAAGAGACCCCACCCAGAGUUCUGGCGAAUUACGUGUUGUCUUGGGUGUACAAAGCAGCUGUCGGUACCCUACCGAAGCGUAUUCGAGACAUCAGGACUGAGUAUAACAGGGUCAUGUUCGACGUCAAGCAAGAAAAGCCGCGGUGGAAGAGCUGCGUGGGCGAGGCGAAUAGUAACCUGGGUAACGCUGUAGGAAGACUCUUUGUGGAGGAUUACUUUGACGAAACCGCCAAAGCAGUUGCUUUGGAUAUGAUAUCGAAUAUAAGAAAUGCCUUUAACAACCUUUUGGCGGAGCAAGACUGGAUGGACGAAGCCACAAGAGCUGUUGCCAAGGACAAGGCGGACGACAUUGAAGAAAGAAUUGGUUACGAUUCCAAAGCGAUCAAAAACGACACCUACCUGAAUGAAAAGUACAAAUAUCUGACGUUUGAUCCUGAAACCUAUUUUGAAAACAUUUUGAACAAGUCAAAGGCCAGCAGCAUAGAAAAACUGAAGAAACUGCGAGAGAAGGUUGACAAAACAGAAUGGUUUGCCUCACCUGCAAUAGUGAAUGCAUACUACUCCCCUACCAGAAAUACAAUUACUUUCCCAGCUGGUAUUUUACAGCCUCCCUUUUUCUCCAAAAAUUAUCCAAAGGCAAUGAACUUUGGAGGGAUUGGUGUUGUGAUUGGUCAUGAGAUCACGCAUGGAUUUGACGACACAGGUAAGAAUUUGACAAAAAAUGGAGAUCUGAAAACUUGGUGGAGCGAUACAGUUAGUGAUAAUUUCAAGCAAAAAGGAAAGUGCAUUGUUGAACAAUACUCCAACUUUUCCGUACCGGAAGCUAAUAUGAAUCUGAAUGGCAUCAAUACUCAAGGGGAGAACAUUGCUGAUAAUGGCGGCUUGCGACAAGCAUAUACGGCGUACCGAGCAUGGGUCCAAAAGCAAGGAAAAGAAGAGGAGAAGUUGCCGGGACUGAAGUUUACCCCCAAUCAGUUGUUCUUCCUGAACUUUGGUCAGAUCUGGUGUUCCUCCAUGUUACCCAAGGACGCUGUCUACAGGAUACUCACAGGUGUGCACAGUCCAGGAAAAUACAGAGUCCUUGGCACGCUUCAAAAUGUACAGGAGUUUUCUGACGCUUUCAACUGUGGUAGAUCGUCAUUCAUGAACCCAGAUAAGAAAUGCCGAGUCUGGUAGAAACCCGUCGUAAGAUAGAUGCUGCGUAACUAGUAAAUUGGUGCCAUGUUUCUUUAUUGCUGUUCUUUAUAUUUCAUUUCAUUAUUUGUUUUAUACUAUACAAAAUUUUAUACUAUAGGAAAUCAAAUUUUGACAGAGAAUUUGCAACUUUAUAGCUUAACUAGGCCGUUAUAGAGUUAUAUCUAUAAGAAUAUACCGACGAGUUCUUUUAAUUUGUUUGUUACCGGUAGGUUUGCCUAAGCUCAGCCUAAAUCCAAUUCGGUUAUGCUGGAUAACAUUUCCACGCAUGCGCAGCGAACGACUUGAUAUCACCUACACUCUUUGCAGUGACCAUAUCCAUAAUCCAGAAACGUGAAUUACUACUACAUCCCUCGGUAUAUUUUUUCCUUGGAUUUGCAAGGAAAAAAUCUGUUUCAUCUUCCCUGCACCGCUCCACCACUGUUGACCCGCACCCUCACCUUGUCUAAUUAAUACGUUUCACAGACAUAUGUAAUCAGGAAUGAUAACCGGCACUAGUUUAAAUUAAGAACUUUGUAGUGGAUAAAUUUCAAGUUCAUUUUACGCGUUGAACAGAAUCAGUCGUAUGUUUUAUCGGAUGGUUAUAAAGCAUCACGAUGCAGCCAUGAACGAUAAUAUCUGCAUGAACGAGGCGUAUAAAACAGGGGAAAUAACUCUACUUUCAGCUCCGCUUCUCCACCCAGAAUGCCAACAAGAUUUUCAGUGAGGAAUAAAAAUAUUUCUUGUCGGGAAAGCUUAUUUCAUAAUGGAGACGGGUAAUGUUGCUAUGAAAAGACCUCCAUAUGUGUUCUACAUAAAACCUUGUACCAUAUACAUGUAACUGUUUCAUGUACAAAUGAUAUACCAUUUAACUCAAUUGCUGUAUUCUAUUUAUAUUUCUACUGUAAUAAAAUCUUUUUCUUUAAA